CCUCCUCCCCCUCCCCCUCCAAUGUCGCCACAACAGCUAAUUCCGUUGCCGCCGCCUCCUCCACCACCUGUUCAGAACGCCCCUGACAUUGUCGUACCGGGUCGGUACUUAUCUGGGCCCUUCCACGGGAAAGACACCAUCUUCGAGAUCAGGUAUCCUCGAAGGCACAUUCUGAGGCAGGUACACGCAGCCCAAGCCGCCGAUUUCGAGGAGUACAAGUGGCUCUUCCAGUACGGCGACUCGGACAAAUGGUACUUCAAACCGACCAAGUCGCAGCGCCAUCACUGGGCAAGACAAGAGCUCUCGGGCCGGAAAGCAGACGAGAUUCCGGCGGUAGAGGAGGUCAUGCCUAUCACUUUCGAGCAACCCAUCUUGUGGGCAUCUGCUGCGCUGACGACUCCUCCCGACGACGACAUUUACGAUUGCGGCGAAGACCACUCGGGCUGCGACGACUUCUCCGGGAGAUGCCAAACCUGUACGGAUGAGAAGUCCGAGGCGCUCGAAUCUACUGACCUCGAGUAUUGCGUGGUGAUGUCAGCGCUCCAAGGUCACGCUCCCGGAUGCCCCCAUCCGGGAAGGAAGAUGUACAUGAUGGCGAGAUGUGGAAGUCGCGAGGCGGCGGCCACACAAGCAUUCCACUAUGCGAGUCUCGGAUCGCACGUCGUCUUCUCCUGCGUCUUCAGGCUGGGAGAGUCAUUCGAAGACCGCAUCGGCCCCGUAGCACGGGUCGAGGAGCUCUGGAAUCUGGCCGAGGAGGCCGAGAACGACGAGGUGAUCCGGGUCUUCUACUGAUCAUGGAAAGAAACAUGGGAUAGAGGGGGUGUUUUC